CCCAUCUGGCGAAUUUUAAUGUGAAAAAACUGAAAAGUGUAACAUGCUAUAUUUGACCCUGUAACUUUCCAAAACACCAUAAAACCUGUACAUAGGGGGUACUGUUUUACACGUGAGGCAUUGCUGAAUACAAAUAUGUGUAUUUUAUUGCAGUAAAAGCAAACUGUAUUAUGACACUUAAAGUUAAAAUGUCACGUAGAACUAAGAAAAUUAAAAAAAUCUUAUAUAAUUUUUUUUAUUUUUUUUAUUCAUAUUAAAUUAUGUUCCAUACCUAAAUAUUUGAUGAUAAAUGAAAGCCCGGGAGAUAGAUAGAUAGAUAUAUAGAGAGAGAGAUAUUAUUUAUUAUAUAGUGGGUGCAUUUAAUAUGAAAGAGGUAAAUUAUUGUUGAACAGACAUAUAGCACAAAUUCUGUGGUUUAUUUACAUUUUAUUUUUUUGGAUCACAACUUGUACAUUUGGCUGCGGUUUUAAGGGCUUAAACGAACACCGUUAUAUGUUAUGAUGUUUUGGAUAAUAACAAUGAAUGCGCUCUUGUUGCAAUGUGUGGAGAGCAGAGGGACCUCCUUUGCUUUGGCAUUCACUGACAGCUGGGCGAAAAAAAUAUAUUUUUUAAAUGGGUUUUUCUCCUAAUCUAUACAUUUGCUAGCUAAACUGCUAGCACAAUAUAUAGAUAAAAAAAUCUUAUGCUCAAUCUAAUGAGAAUAAAUUGUUUGUGGCAUGACAAGGUAACCAUUAAAUUAUCUCUACAAGUGUAUCUUCAAUGUGCACUACCAUUCCCUGGGCAAGAUGUUUGUGCUGCUUUGGCUUUAUGUGAAUCUGUCACUAUUUAUUAUUUUUAUUUAUUUUUUUGGGACUAUUUUUGAAGUUAUACAUGAAGAAAAGUAGGGACUACUUUUCGUUGUGUUUAACCUGCAGGUUGACAAAGGGUGGAUCAUUGGUCUAGUUCUACAUGCUUUGUCAACAUUUUGUCAUUGGUCGUCAUGUUCUUACUCGCCUACUUUCAGCGUCGUGCCACUUCAGGCAGCACUGUGUCAUCGACUAUCUGUUCAGACACUCAGUGUGUUGGAAAGGCAGAAAAAACAGUUUCCAGCGGCCGCCAUCUUGGAAUUUCCAAGAUGGCGCACAGAGGAAGAAGACCCAGCAGGACCAGCACAAUGGAAGAAAACGUAAGUAUCACCUGUCCUGGUGCCACUGAAUGUUGUGGAGGGGAUUAGGGGGCUUGAGGGAGGAAAAGAUAGGAAUGAGAGAGGGAGAAAAUUCUGUCAAAACUGUACUUCAUAAGGACGCAUUGCUUAUAAAAUCAAUGAUUUGUAAAUCCUUUUUUGCCUCCAACUUUCUAACUUAAUUUGUUUUUUGUUUUUUUUCUUUUCCUAGAUUAAAUAAACGACUGGAGUUUGGGCCAUUGUCCCCAAAUAUAUCUGGACAGGGGAUGCAUUCACCUCAAGGUGUAGUGAAGAUGAUACUUUAG